CCCAAAAAUACGAAGAGAUCCAAAAAUAUUUUUACCUCAAUUUAUGGUAGCUUAUGGGGUUUAUGAAUAUAUUAUAAAGUUGCAGAUAGUAGAAAGACAACACAACCGACCAUUUUGUUGGUAUUCAUCCUCGUCAUCUGUUAUGUUGGUCACGUUAAAGUCUAGUAGUAUUGGAAAGCAGCCUCAUCAUCAUCAUCAUCAUCAUACACGUAUUACCCCCUUCUUUUCUCUUCUCACUCUUCACAAACCAUGUCUCUGCUUCUCCAAGUGUUCCUCCUUCUGAUAUGUGCUUCUCCAUCUCUCCCCGCCAAGACCACAGAGCUUGAAGCUCUCAUGACCAUCAAAGAAUCUCUUGACCCACAAAACCGUGUGUUGACUUCGUGGACCCCACACUCCGACCCAUGUAGCAGUUUCCCUACCCAUUUUGAGGGCGUGGCUUGCAACCAACAAGGUCUUGUAGUGAACAUCUCACUGCAAGGAAAGGGUCUCUCUGGAAGCAUACCUGCCGCCAUUUCUAGUCUUAAGAGCUUGACUGGUCUCUAUCUUCACUUCAACUCUCUCACUGGAAUUUUACCCAAGGAGAUUUCCUCCUUGACUCACCUCACUGACUUGUAUCUCAAUGUCAAUUCUCUCUCUGGUGAUAUUCCUCGUCAGAUUGCCAACCUCUCUAAUCUUCAAGUUUUGCAGAUUAGCUAUAACGAGUUCAGUGGCGGUGUACCUUCUGAACUAGAGAAGUUGAAGAAGCUUAGCGUUCUUUCGAUGCAAUAUAAUCAAUUAUACGGCGCAAUUCCAGCGAGUUUGGGUGAAUUGGUUUCACUAACACGAUUAGAUCUGAGCUUCAACCAAUUUUUCGGUCCAAUCCCAGUGAGUUUGGGUUAUGCACCCAAACUGCAGAUUCUAGAUGUUCGAAACAAUACUCUCUCGGGGAAUAUCCCUAAAGCACUAGAAAGACUUAAAGGUGGAUUCCAGUACAUGAACAAUCCUGGUUUAUGUGGAACCGGAUUCGCUGAUUUAUCUCCUUGUAGAGCAGUAAUCAGUUCAGACCCGGUCAGACCGGAACCAUAUGAGCCUGGUAAUCUUUCUUCAGAAGUUCUUCCAACGACGGUUCAACCAAAAGAUAUAAAGCCAUCAAAACCAUCGAAUAUCGGUUUGGUUUUCGCGGUAAUUGCAGUUACUUUUGCUUCAACCAUCUUUGGCCUGUUUAUAGUGCUAUGGUAUCGGCAUCAGAAAUUGAAAAUUGGAAGCACUGCUAACACUACUAGCAAGAUGAAGGAAGCACGCAGGAAAAUUUCAUCUCCUCUGAUAAGUUUGGAGUACUCCAAUGGAUGGGAUCCAUUAGCCAAAGGUCAAAGUGGUUAUUCCCAGGAAUUCCUAGAGAGCUUAAUGUUCAACGUUGAAGACGUGGAACGCGCAACUCAGUGUUUCUCAGAGCUAAAUUUGUUGGGGAAGGGUGAGUUUUCUACUAUAUACAGGGGAAUAUUGAGAGAUGGAUCUGUUGUGGUAGUAAAGUGCAUUGCGAAAACAAGCUGCAAGCCUGAUGAAACAGAGUUCUUGAAAGGGUUGAAGAUAUUGACUUCACUGAGGCAUGAAAAUCUGGUUCGGUUGAGAGGCUUUUGCUGUUCCAAGAGCCGUGGGGAGUGUUUUCUGGUCUAUGAUUUUAUCCCGAAUGGGAGUUUGUUACGGUGCCUUGACGAUGCUAAAGUUCUUGAAUGGUCCACAAGAGUAUCCAUCAUCCAUGGCAUUGCUAAAGGUAUUGCUUAUCUGCAUGGAAAGAAGGGAAGCAAAGGCGGUCUACUUCACCAGAAUUUAUCAGCCGAUACAGUGCUUCUAGAUGCCCGGUACAAUGCGGUUCUUGCAUAUUCGGGAUUGCACAAGCUGCUGGCAGACGACGUCGUCUUUUCCACCCUCAAAGCUAGUGCAGCCAUGGGAUAUCUGUCUCCGGAAUACACGAAAACGGGUCGUCUAACCGAGAAGAGUGAUGUGUAUGCAUUUGGAGUGAUUGUUUUCCAGCUUCUUAGUGGUAAACGUGACAUCACUCAGUUAAGUCGCCAGGCGGUACAAGUUGAUGACAAACUUGAAGGGAAGUUCUCGGAAUCAGAGGCCGCUAAACUCUGGGGAGUUGCUCUGCUUUGCACCCACGAAUCUCCUCAUCUCCGACCAUAUAUGGAAGAUGUGAUUCAAGAACUCUGUGACUAAUACUUGCAGUUGUGUCUUGAGAAGUGAAGUAUGUAGAAAUGGCCGUGUAUUAUUAUAGUUGAGUUGGACUAUGCACAAAGAGAUAUGUUUUUAUUUUAUAGGCUACAGCUGAGAACGAGGAGUACGUUCAUAUAGCUAUGUAUUAUAGUUUAGAAACUUUUUUGUAUUGUCAAAGUUUAUCAUGUUAAAAAAAAUUAACUUAAAA